AUGGCGGCUAGGAAUGCAGCAACUACCAAUUGGAUGCUCCUGUUAUAUGCGGUGAACUGGAUAUUGUGUCGUGCAGCUUUUAUGUGUGUCCUGUGGGCUGGGGGUUUCGGCGUAAAUUCCCAACACAUGUAUAUCCUCCUAAUUUCGUUGCGCAAUUCAUUGCCUGUAAACUUAACGGCUUUAAAUGCUUUACUUUAUCCUGAGAUAAGGGACUUACAUAUUGCCAAAAGAGUGGAAGAUAUUGGGUUUUAUGCAGGCUUUGUUGGUUCUUCAUACAUGCUUGGGAGAGCUUUGACUUCUCUUGUUUGGGGAAUGGUAGCUGAUAGAUGGGGAAGGAAACCUGUCAUACUUAAUGGCCUCAUUUCAUCGGUUAUAUUUAACACCCUCUUUGGAUUGAGUGUAAAUUUUUGGAUGGCAAUUGUUACAAGAUUUUUUCUUGGAGCCAUGAGCGAUUUACUUGGCACGAUAAAAUAUUCACUGUGUUUCUACAUCGAUGAAAUUGGCGCACUCCUUAUUCAAGUUAGUACAGUAUGGGGCUCAGGUCUCAUUAUUGGUCCAGCUCUCGGAGGCUUCCUUGCACGGAUAAUGCAGUUUUCUUACUUCUUGCCGUAUUUCAUUAUAUCGCUGUUUGUCGCUGGUGUGCUUAGUGUCUGUUUUUGGCUUCCAGAAACGCUGCACUAUCAUCCCGAGAGCAAAACAGCAGGCAGAGCAAUCGAACCUCUGCAGGCAUGCCUUACUGGGUCUGAUACGGGAGAAAAGGAUGUAGGAAACGAAAAGGGGAUUCAACCUAAUAAGGAAAAUAUUCUCUCAAAUUGGCCACUAAAGUUACCUACCAUCGUAUGCUGUGUUUUCUCCCUUCGUGAUACAGCCUACAAUGAGAUAUUCUCCCUAUGGGCUGAAAGCGAUAGAAAACUUGGAGGGUUGAGUUUUUCGUAUAUGGAUGUUGGUGAGGUUCUGGCAGUCUCAGGUUUUAGUCUUGUGGUAUUUCUACUGUUUAUUUAUAGGAUAUUGAUGCUUCAAAUUGGCUUGAAAGACUGUUCUUAUAUAGUCUUGAAGAUCCUAGCUCCUUGUUGUCUAAGGAAUAAGAGAAAGCUCGUUGGACCCAUCACUUUAACAUGUGCUUCAACGAUUCUCACUAUACCAUUAGUUAUCGCCUGCCCAUUUAUGUCCAAGCUUUCAGGAUCCAUACUUUCAUUGGUGAACUGUGCAUCCAUAUUGAAGAAUGUUCUUUCUGUAGCUCUAUUCACCGGCUUGUUCAUCUCGCAGAACAAUGCAGUGGUAAUCUGCAACUUAUAUGUAAAACGCAUUUGUUCAUAUUUUAUAAGCAUUUAUUGCAAGACUACAAACUUAUUAUCUUGGCAUUUCAUUGACAGCCUCAGCACCAAAGAGGUGCUGCAAAUGUUAUUUCAAUGA